UAAGCACAGGAAAUGCCACGUGUACUCACUGCGCAUGCUUAAGGAGCAUACGUUCCUCCUCCAACUUCCUGUGAACGAAGACAUGUUUUAUGUUUGACAGACAGUUGUAGGAGACGUAAUAUAUGAUUCCUUACGUGUGAGAAGGAAUAACUCCGUAACCAUGAUCUUCUAGUAGCUAGCUGCUAAGCUAGCUAAGUGAAAGAAUUUUAUCUGUACCUCUGAACAGUGGCAAUAAAUACCGUAUCAAGGGAGGUUUUCUUUCAACUGGAACGUAGUAAAUUGCGUAGUAAAUUGUGUAGGUUAGCUAGCUAACUAGCUAGAUAUCUGCAGCUUGGUUAGUUAGCUAGCUAGUUAUCUAACGUUAUUCGCUUAACGAAGCACCUCCAGAGUUCAUCUUGCUGUUUCCUUUUCAAUAUGUCAAACGAUGGUUUCACCUCUCAGAAUGGGACUGGUGGAGGGACCUAUACUAAUGCGCUUUGUGCAGAUGUACUCCAGCCAUCUGACAAAUCAGUUAUCCAAUAAACAGAAGAAACAUUCAACCGACUGCAAUCCAAGUUUCAACAAAACAUCCAAUGAACUAAUUAAAAAAGUCCUUUACUGAGUCCUAUUGCACUUCAGCCCACAACUCAAGAUUUCAUGGAAGGCCAGGCAGGCUGUCCUACUAUAGCACAGUCCAAAGCUCCAUUGACAUCUGGCACAAAUCCCUCUAGGCCCUACCAGCAAGCCACUGAAGUGAGCAUGUACCAAAACCCCUCUGGUUCAUCCUUGCCUGUUAUGCCACCUGUGGGACCUUUGCGGCCCAUGCAACCCUCUCAGCCUGACCCAAAUAACCACAGGAUGUCCAUGUCACCACCUUCACAGAGCCCCACAACCCUCCCAGUAUCUAACAGUUACUACCAGCAUCCUCAACAACCUACAAGCUGGCAGUAUAGGGGACAUCCUCAAAUAGAAGCUCCUUCAAGUGGCAUUCAACUGUGCCCUGUUCCAAGCCCUGGCCCAAGUCAAGUUUAUAGAAUGGGAACUGCCACACCAUCUUCCUUCCAUAGUGCAUCUCAGUCUCCAGGACACUCACCAACAUCUGCCUCUGGAAAUAACCUCACCAUGCCAGCUGCUGCAUACCCUCUUCUGCCAGGACAGAUGAGCAAGGCUGAUGGCACUGUAUACCAGUCACUGCCACCUGGUUAUCAGAGCAUGCUAGGAGUGCCUAAACCUUCUCCUGUGCUCCUUCCACCACAGCCUUACUCCUUGCCAUCUCAGCAAUACCAGCAGCCUCCUAUAGGUCCAGCCCAGUUAAGUUCAUCCUUGGCUGCAUUAAGCCUACAGGCUCAGGCUCCUGAGGCUCUAAGAGUGGUCAACCUAUUGCAGGAACGUAACCUAUUGCCCCCUGGACCUAUUCCUGCCCCAACACCUUGCUUGCCUCAGGACCUGCAGAAACUCAACUGCAACCCAGAGGUCUUCCGAUGUACACUUACCAGCAUCCCCCAAACACAGUCACUGUUAAACAAAGCCAGACUGCCUCUUGGAUUGCUGUUGCACCCAUUUAAAGAUCUCUCACAGCUACCUGUGGUCACAUCCAGCAGUAUAGUGCGCUGUCGUUCCUGUAGGACUUAUAUUAACCCAUUUGUGUCCUUCCUGGAUCAGAGAAGAUGGAAGUGCAACUUAUGUUAUCGAGUCAAUGAUGUUCCUGAGGAGUUCAUGUACAAUCCUGUCAGCAGAUCAUAUGGAGAGCCACACAAAAGGCCAGAGGUCCAGAAUGCCACUAUUGAGUUCAUUGCUCCUUCUGAAUACAUGCUCAGACCACCGCAACCUGCUGUAUACCUAUUUGUGCUUGAUGUCUCCCACAACGCUGUGGAAACUGGGUAUAUAGAUGUCGUCUGUCAGUCCCUUUUAGAGAACCUUAAUUCUCUUCCAGGAGAUUCAAGGACAAAAAUUGGUUUCAUCACAUUUGACAGCAUGAUCCAUUUCUACAACCUGCAGGAGGGACUUUCCCAGCCGCAAAUGCUCAUUGUUUCAGACACUGAAGAUAUUUUUUUACCUACGCCUGACAGCCUUUUAGUGAACCUCAGUGAAUGCAAGGAGCUGGUGCAAGACUUACUGAAGAGUUUGCCUCAGAUGUUUGCAAAAACAAUGGAAACUCAGUCUGCUCUGGGCCCAGCCCUGCAGGCUGCCUUCAAACUGAUGUCACCCACUGGUGGUCGAGUGUCCAUUUUUCAGACCCAGCUACCAACCUUGGGCAUAGGGGCACUUGGGUCUAGAGAGGACCCCAACCAGAGAUCAUCAGCAAAGGAUGUCCAGCAUCUUUCUCCUGCUACGGAUUUCUAUAAGAAACUGGCCCUUGACUGUUCUGGUCAGCAGGUGGCUGUGGACCUCUUUUUGCUUAGUGCACAGUACUGUGAUCUUGCUACCUUAGGGUGUAUAUCCAGGUAUUCAGCAGGGAGCGUUUUUUUCUAUCCUUCAUAUCAUAACCAGCACACCCCUGCUCAGACAGAACGCUUCCAAAAAGAUCUAAAGAGAUAUCUCACCCGCAAGAUUGGUUUUGAGGCUGUUAUGAGGAUACGCUGCACUAAAGGCCUCUCCAUACACACCUUCCAUGGAAACUUCUUUGUGCGCUCCACCGACCUCUUGUCUUUACCGAACAUUAAUCCUGAUGCUGGCUUUGCUGUGCAGAUGUCCAUCGAGGAGAACCUGUUGGAUAUGCAGGUGGUGUCGUUCCAAGCAGCUCUCCUCUACACUUCCAGCAAAGGUGAGAGGCGGAUCCGAGUCCAUACCUUGUGUUUGCCUGUGGUGAAUUCCAUAUCCGAUAUCUUUGCUGGGGCUGACGUUCAGGCCAUAACAGGCCUGCUGGCUAGCAUGGCUGUGGAUCGCUCAGUGACAGCUAGCCUGACUGAUGCCCGUGAUGCCAUGACCAAUGCUGUUAUUGAUUCUCUGACAUCCUACCGUACCUCAGUGCUGGCCAUCCAACAGCCUGGUCUGCUUGCCCCUGCCUGCCUGCGGCUCUUGCCUCUGUACAUCCUAGGCCUGCUUAAACAGAAAGCAUUCCGGACAGGGACCAGCACCCGGCUGGAUGACCGUGUGUUUGCCAUGUGUCAGCUGAAGUGUCAGCCAUUGGCUUACCUCAUGUACUUGGUGCAUCCUUCCUUGUAUCGCCUGGACACCUUGAUUAAUGAGGGGCCACAGAACAUCGACGAUCACAUCAUUUCUCAGCCCAGAGUGCUGCAGCUGUCUGUGGAGAAGCUCAUCAGGGAGGGGGUUUUCCUCAUGGAUACAGGCUCAGAGUUUUAUUUCUGGGUUGGAAGAAAUUGUAACCCAGUUUUCCUGAGACAAGUGCUUGGAGUCCAGAGCUAUGCAGAUGUUCCCCUGAACAUGAAUCAUCUGCCAGAGUUAGAUACAGCUGAGUCUGGAAGAACACGAGCUUUCAUUGGUUGGCUGAGAGAGCAACGGCCUUUUUAUUCUGUUUUGCAUGUUAUCGGAGAGGAAAGCCCCCUCAAGUCCAUUUUUAUGCAGAACAUGAUUGAAGACCGGACAGAGUCUGCCCUGUCUUAUUAUGAAUUUCUGCUGCAUGUGCAACAGCAAGUCUCCAAGUAAAGCCACUGAGUGGAAGAUUAUAGAUGAUGGAUCACUCAGAAGAGCUAAGCAAUUGUCAUCCCCAGAGCCUCCCUCAUCUAUAGAAACACACUAAACUGUGUUUGUUCUCAAUGCCUUCUCUUUUGAUUUCCCAUAACCAGCUUAUCUCAAACAAGUUAUGCAAUGAAUUUUCUCAUAGAUAAUACUACUUUACUCCUUCCUGCAACCAUCUAAGAGAAAUUCUAUAAAAUUUGCAGUCUGCAGAAAAGUUGAGAGAGAUUGUCACAUUAAUAUGAACUGACAUUGCUGAAAAAGAACAGUAAUGAUUGCUAGUAAUGAAGUACUGAUAUUUAGCAUUAUGCUAAUGCCUUUGUGCAGGAGUGUUGGUAUUUUGGGGGACUAAAGUUGGAUCCCAGCAAAUAAAUCAUAUUUCAAUCAUCUGAGUUGAAUAAAGUUGUAUUUGUUGCAGAGGGAUUGAGGGUCUGUUUGGCAUUCUUCUCAUAUGUCAAACAAAUCUGUUGGCUUUAUUACACCUAUAUCGGUAGGUGAGCCAGUGGUUUCUAAGUUAUUGUCUUUCCAUUUAUUGACCAAGUGCUAAGUGAAUUACUCCUUUCUAUAAUUUCCUUGUAAAAUUUUCCCUCACUCUGAUUUUUUUAAAUGGGAAUCUCAAGUUAAUUACAUUCUGUAUUUACCUUGUAUGGGAACUUAUUUUUUUAUUGUAAAACUUUGUUACAAUACAGACACUAUACAAGUAUAUGGUUUUUAAUAGGAUGUGGAAAUUUCUUUAUCACAUCACAAAAACAUUGUGAUCUUUAAAUCAUGCUCUAACCUGUAUAUUGAUAAAUCUACACUAUUAUACUUGGAAUUGUUGACUUUAGUAUGAUUAUAUUCACAUGUAAUUAUGAGAACAAAUAAAGUGUUCGGGCCUUUUGUAA